UCCACGCAGGGGAAAUGAGAGCAGAAAAACUUCAUUGCCGGCUACAAUCUAAGCUUCCAUGAUUCCUGUACAGAUCUAGGGUUUACGAUUCCUCACUUGGGAAUAAAUCAAGAUUCAUAUAUUCGUGUAUACAGUCCUCCUCGCUACUUCUCUAAGCUUUUAAGAACACCUGAAGAUGGAUGAUACUGGAGAACUCACCCUAGUUGCAAGAAAACCCUCCUUUGGUCUCCCCACAUCAUGCCCUCAAUGCCUACCUGUUUACAUCUAUCUCAAGUUUGCUAAAAUUCCCUUCACUUUGUCCUUUAAUCUCGUUUAUCCCGAUUCAGAUCAAAUUCCAUAUGUUGAGUCUGGUACUAAUGUGGCAUACAACAAUGAAAAGGGUGGUGUUAUUGAGGGUUUAAAGAAAGCUGGCAUUGUUGAUUUGGAUUCUGAAGCUUCUGCUCUCCCUGAAUGGAUUUCCAUGACUGCUUUGGCUUCAUCUUGGCUAGGAGAUGCAAUCAUGUAUGAUCUCUGGUUGAAUUCUGAUGGGAGCUCGGCUCGUAAGAUAUACUAUGAUGAUCUUCCAUGGCCAAUUGGGAAGAUUUUAUAUUUCAAGCAAGUGAACUUUACUAAACAACUACUUGGUUUGACCAGAGAAAAUAGUGAACGAAGAGAAGAGGAGAUUUAUAGGAGAGCUGAAAUAGCGUAUUCUUCUCUUUCAACUAGUUUAGGUGAUCAACAGUUUUUAUUUGGAAACAGGCCAACAAGCUUGGAUGCAGUUUUUCUUGGACAUGCUCUUUUUGCUCUUCAUGCUUUACCAGAAACAUCUGUUCUCCGCAGCAAGUUAUUGGAGCAUUCUAAUCUCGUAAAUUAUGCUGAAAAACUUAAGGUGGAAUUCAUUGAUAACAGUUCUCCUUCAUCUUCUAUACCACCACUUCAUACCGGAGGAGGAGGUCCUUCAAAUUGGAGUUCAAAACCUAAGACCAAGCCUAAGAAGGAAAAGACUGAAGAAGAGAAAAAGUUUAAAAGAAGAACCAAAUAUUUCUUGGUAACACAACUAGUGGCUGUUCUAGUUUUUCUCUCGCUCCUCGGAGGUUCAGAAGUAGAUGUUGACGAGGAUGAUGGCGAUGAUGAUCAUGAUUAUGAUGACUGAACAAGAUACCAUUGCUUCAUAUCCUUUUUUCUGAACCACAUUCCUGAAUAAUACAGCACAUCAGUUUGUUUUGUAUUCGAUUAUGUCUUAGAAAAAGAGUAUAAUAACAGGACAAGAUUUGUCUGAAAUCUUUGUAGAUGUAAGGCGGUUCAGUUUUGUUGUAGCCUAUCGUCUCUUGUUUUUGACUUACUUUCGAACCAGGUUGGUGCAUGAAUGAAUAUUGCCCAACUUUUAUU